AUGGAUCCGCUCUCGCUCACGGCCAACAUCGCCGCUGUUGUCGGUCUCAUUGACACAAUAUGCCGCGUCGGCAAAGAAACGUACCAGCUCAUCGCGGCUGUCAGAAACGUUCCCGCAGAGAUUCAGCGCUUGCAGGUGGAAUUGCACGAGGUGGAAUUUCUGCUCCGAAAUGUGCAUCGCUACUGCAGCGAAUACCAAACUCGGAUGUCCCGUGAGAAUUUAAAUGAUAGCACACCGAUCACCCAUAUCUAUUCGACCCUCAAAGUGCUGCAGAAAGAAUAUAAUGAGAUUUCAGCAAUCGUAGCCAAGAAUCUCGACGUGAAUGCUGGACGGACGAGGCAGAAGCUGAAAACGAUUGGGGGGAGGGUAAAAUUGGUGCUUGGAGGCAAGCUGGAGCGGUCGUUUAGGAAUUUGGAGAGGUGCAAGAGCCAGUUGAGUAUUGAUCUACAGGUAUUGGGCAGUUUUAACGACCUUGCUGUGCAUGAUCGGUUGGAAAGUAUCCACGAUGCAGUGUCUGAGUUGAGGGACGAUCGGAUGGUGUCCGUCAUACUUGAUGAGAAGACCACCACCUACACAGAGAAGAGUCAUGCUGUGCUGAAUUCUCUUCACUCUCUCGAGGCAAUAGACUCGCUGAUGGCGCAGCUUUCAGCCAUGCGGUGUAAUAUUGAGCAAGAAAAUACCAGCAAUGGUGAUGUUUUAGAUGAUUGGGACGAUAGCGAGCAUGUCCAACGUGCUACUCUGCCAUUGAUGCUACUCCAAUCGAAAAUCAAAGAAGCAUUGCAGCUGAUGAUGAUGUCCAAGCCCGGACACAAAGGACUGUCCACUCUAGAUGUACAAUGGGUCCGGACAGAACUGGAGAGUUUACUUGCAAAGAGCCACGAGAGGGCUGCUGUGACUAUUAGGAGCUCGAGCACUACUACAAUGGCCGGGGACGAUAUCCAUAAAAAUCGACAAGUCGCAGUUACAAGCAUGUAUGGGCAGAAAAAUCGCCUCCAACAGCCGAACAAAAUCGUGUCAUCCCAAUUCGUGCUUCAAGACUCCCCGGCAGGCAAGGUAUCCAUCCGUGUACAGUGGGCUAAAGCUGAAAAUCCACCCUUUGCUCGCGUAUCUGAUAUCAUUGUUCUCCUGGCGCCGAAUCCAAAGAUUGCUCAGGAAGGACUUCUUGUCUCCCUGUCAAAGCUUCAUGAUGGCUUAACCAAGCCAAUGAUAAACCGUCACAUCUCAUCCUUCACAGUAGUCGAGACAACAUCACCAAUUUUUGCCUGUAUUGAGGCCAACGACAUCAAUACUUUACGGCAGCUACUCAAGAACAAAGAAUUCUCGCCUAACGUGCGCAACACAGAGAACGAGAGUUUGUUAUCGGCCGCUGCACACCUACUUCGCUUCGAAAUAUGCGAUCUCCUUCUUAAUGAGGGCGCCGAUCCCAAUCAUUGCCGCAGCGAUGGCGCAAAUGCCAUCUACGACGUCCGAAACGCCUUCUGGUACCGACCAACCCACUAUACCAUCGACAAGAGCAUCCUCAGUCGCAUCCUGCGCCUCUUCAUUACCGCCGGCUGCGACAUCAACGCCGUCGCUCUCGGUGGCAGCCCCCUCCACUUCACAGUCAGCACCACCCUUCCGGGUUCCAAGCUCAUCGACGAAGCCGAGAUCGCCGCCCUAAUCAACCUCCUCAUCUGCACAGGCUGCGACAUCGAGCACGAGAAUGUCGACGGCCUCACCCCGCUGCUGUACAAUGCCUGCAUCCCGCAGUGGCACGGCGUCAUCGUCCUCCGCGAGCUGCUGCAGUGGGGCGCUAACGCGCACGCCACGACGUAUCUCGGCGAGGGCGCGCUGCACCUCGCAAUCGCGUUCUCGGGACCCGGCUCGGCGCUUGGACAGAUCGAUGGAAAUGCGCUCGAGGCGCGGCUCAGGCUCCUGCUGCGCGCGGGGUGUGAUCCGAAUCUACUGGACAAUGGGGGACACAGCCCAUCGGAUUUUGCAAUGAGUAGCCCGCGGAUUUGGUUCCAGUGGUGCUUAGCUGUUGAACGGGCUGGGCUGAGCAUGGAGGAAAUUCUAGGCCAGGAGGGUGUGCGUGCGCCUGUACAGGCUGCGUAUCAAUCCACCCCCGUGGAGGAUGCGGAGUGGGAGUCCUGCGGCAGCGAAGAUGAGGAUGAAGGGUAUCAGAACGAAACGCGUCAGGAUACUUGCUUCGACGCGGACCAUGUCUUUCUAUUUUGGAAAGGGUUCUUUCCAUGGAGCGUUUCGCCGCGCUGUGGGGACUGCGGUCUUCUUUGCGACCUAGACGAUAUCGAACGCAGGAAGUGGGAUGCCUGGAUUGUUUUUCAGAGUCUGCGGGAGCAUUUUCUUACCCACCCCCCUCAAAUACCGAUCAACGGCGCGCCACCCAGUUCAUGA